UUGAAAACCACACAACUGCGACCACAACAAGAAAGAAAAGGGUUUGCCCACAAAGCCAAACUCUCCUAUAGAAAGCCUCCAUAGUCUUCUUCAAAGUUCAACCCCUGUUAUUUAACGCAUACUUAGUAUGUAUGAUACAUACUGAUACCAGAAAACACAGAAGAUUUUCCUCCACCAUCGUCUGCUCGACAUUCUUUUUCUUUCUUUAAGAGGAACCACGCAGUGACGGGAAUAUGAGCGACGACGAAGACGACUGGGUUAAGAAUGCCAUGACCGACGACUCGUUGGUGGCAGACUUGUUGCUACGGCUCAAUCAUGGGCUGCGGCCGCCACGGCCGCCGCGGGUUCCAGACAGGCCACCUCUCAAUAUCGACUGGACGGUACGCCAGCGGCGUUCGAAAUCGGUACCAACUCAAGACGAAGAAGGCAAUAACAACACCGCGACGGAGAGGGCUAGUCCGACCACGCCACUCUCCUGGAGCGGCGCCACCUGCUCCAGUGGCGGCGCACCCGACGGCUUCGAAGAGUCCAGCCGGCCCGCCAAAACGACGAACGGUUCGAGAUCUAAGGUAGCUCCUGGGGGUGAAACUACCACCACCAAGAGGCCAAGGAAGAAAAAGUCGAUAGCUGAACUUAAAGAGGAGGAAAGUUCUCUCAUGAAGGAAGGGAGAAAUUUGAAAAAUCAACUGGCAGCCAUACGCCUCACUUUUGAGAAACAAAGAGCUGCAAACAAAAGCUUGAAGAAAAUAAAGGGUGAUUUGCAGUCGUCGCCCGAGACAAUAAAAGCUAUAACCACUAUGGCAUCCACGGAAGCCGUCACUGACCGACCCCAGAAAAUGAAAGAAGAUUGUAAGCCUACUGCAAUUUCUCCAUUAGAUUUGGCACUGAUUACUGAUCUGGAUGCUUUACAACACCCAAGUCAACCAAAUGGUACUUCAACAAUACAGGAGGUUGGAGAGCGUGAUACUUCAUUCAUGUUGCCUGAUCUAAAUUUGACAUUUGAGGAGGCUUCCGGCUCUUAGGUUUUAUGUGGAGUGAGCUAAGGAGAACCAUUAUAUUUCUGCUGAGUCACGUUUCCUAAUUAAGCGGGAUGAAGAUGCAGCAACUGCAUUUAUAUGCUUGAUAAAAUUAGAUACUACAGAUAAAAGUCUAACCAUCACGACAGAGGGAGAGUAGUGUAGAGAUCCUAACUCGUUAGUUAAGAUUACAUUCUUUCAUGGCAGAUUUUUACAUAUAAUGGCAAAAAAUUCUUUGGGGCCAAUCCUCAUUCCUUCUAUUUACUUUUUGAGGAGAUAUAUUAACAGACAAGGUGUAAUUACUGUUCAGACAAAUUAAAUGUUUGCGUUCCCUUGGUAGAACGAUCAA